AUGUCGAUAAUUAAGACAAGUUUUACAGUAAGGAGCAUUUUAGACUUACCCGAUCAACGCGAAGUGGAUCGCCUAUCAAUUAAUCGGCAAUGCAAUCGUGGAGAUGAGAAAGCAAUUCAACCUGCUGCCAUUAAGCAAGAAAUGGACCAGCAAUCGCAUCGAGACCAUCCCAAAUCAUCUUAUCCAGGGUGGCUUGACUCUGACAGAAUGUCAUCGGACGAAAGCAGCACAGACACGGCUCCGGCGGAUUGUAUCCCAAGGAGAGAUUCUGGAUCCAUCAUGGGGAACGAGAAGAAGAAAAAACGACGAGUUUUGUUCUCCAAGGCACAGACCCUUGAGCUGGAACGAAGAUUCCGACAGCAGCGCUACCUGUCUGCUCCUGAACGCGAACACCUCGCCCGUCUGUUGAGUCUGACCCCGACCCAGGUGAAGAUCUGGUUCCAGAACCACAGGUAUAAAAUAAAGAGAGCCCGAGUUGACGGUACCCUAGAAACAGACGCCAACCAGUCUUCCUUCGUCCGGAGAGUGGCAGUGCCAGUGCUGAUCAGAGAUGGAAAACCUUGUCACACUUGCUCCAUCACCUCCGUAAAACUCCAGGACAAGCCAAGCGGCACUGUCCAACCCAAUAGUUCCUACGCAGCUUUUACACUUCACGGUUUUCAACACAUACAACAUACUGCACCAUUUGGCAUCUUCCCUGGCUACCAGCACUUAACGCACCCUGCAAUGCAAAGACAGCAGUGGAAUUGGUGA